UCCACAUCUACAGCCUCGGCCUCCCCACAUUUAUUGGUUUUAUCACUAUUGUCUUGUUUUUGAUCCUUCUUAGUUAUUUAGCGUGACUCUGUAAAGAUGUUUUCCUGCUGCGUUGUCCUUUUUCUCCUCACUACGUGGUCUUCCGCGGGGUGUAAUCCCAGUCCGGUGUUAGGAGAUGUAGUCGUGGACAGAUACUUCAUCCCAAAAGUCUGUGCCAGAGAAGCGAAAGAGGGAGAUUAUGUUCGCUAUCACUACAACGCCACGUUUCUCGACGGGAAAACAUUCGAUUCGAGCCAUCAGAGAGGAGCCGCAAAGGUCGGUCUGUUGGGUGAGGGUCGACUCAUCGCCGGCAUUGACAAAGGUCUGCAGGGCAUGUGUGUGAACGAGCGCAGGACAAUCACCAUUCCCGCCUCACCUGGUGAAGUGUUCCUCCACCUGGUGUUCGACAUCCAUCUGUUGGAUCUGUGGAACAAAGCCGACCUGGUCAUCACCAAAACCAUCACCACUCCCAAAGACUGCAAACGCUCCGUGAUGCGCACUGACUUCGUGCGUUACCAUUUCAACGGCACCCUGCUCGAUGGCACCCUCUUCGAAUCCAG